AUGAGUCUUCUCGAUAAAGAUCCGGUCAAGANCGGUAUAUCUGGGAACUUUUGCUCGGACAAGAAGCCAGCAGCAGUUAAUUGGAUCGAGGGGAGAGGAAAGUCUGUAGUUUGUGAGGCAAUUAUCACAGAAGAGGUGGUGAAGAAAGUUUUGAAAACUGAGGUUGCUGCUCUUGUGGAGCUGAACAUGCUUAAAAAUCUUACUGGCUCUGCCAUGGCUGGUGCCCUUGGAGGUUUCAAUGCCCAUGCCAGCAAUAUCGUAUCAGCUGUGUUUAUAGCCACCGGUCAGGAUCCAGCUCAGAACAUAGAGAGCUCGCACUGCAUCACUAUGAUGGAGGCUGUAAAUGAUGGCAAGGACCUCCAUAUUUCUGUUACAAUGCCUUCCAUUGAGGUUGGUACCGUUGGAGGUGGAACUCAACUUGCAUCUCAGUCAGCUUGCUUAAACUUGUUAGGAGUGAAAGGUGCCAACAGAGAGGCACCAGGGUCAAAUGCAAGGCUCUUGGCUACAGUAGUAGCUGGUUCGGUUCUUGCUGGUGAACUAUCCCUCAUGUCAGCUAUAUCGGCUGGGCAACUAGUUAAUAGCCACAUGAAAUACAAUAGAUCUACCAAAGAUGUCACCAAGGCGUCCUCCUAAUCAGGGGAAUACAAUACAAUCCAUUCCCGGCCUUGUAUUUGAAGGUGUACACAGGUGAUCCCGCAAGUAGCCUCCAUUUAUGAAUGAUCUAUAUUAGGAAUAAAUAAAUUAAUAAAGCAAAAAAGAAAAGAAAAAUAAAGAGAAGAGGGGUAGAUAGAAGGAAGAGACAAGUGUUGUAGCAGAAAACAAAGUGAAGUCCCGGAAACAAAUACAUUGCACUUCUUUGUUUCACCAUUGUAUCACGAAGGUCCGUGGGGAGGAAGAAGUUAGCUGGGCUGUGUUUGUUGUCUCAGUGAUUCUUGAUGACAUGUAUUAGCUGCCAACACUUGGUAUCAUUCAAUGUUUCAAAAGGCGAUACCCUUUUCGUUUCUAUUGUAUUGUUCCUUUCGUUGUUAAUUUGUCAUUUCUACAGGGGUUGUCUCGAUCUGA